AUGGACGAACAGGAGAAGGCUCUGAAUGAGGCUCUCAACACUGUCAAGAUUCAGGUAGCUCAGAUGAAGCGGUGCUUAGACAGCGAUUCGCUUAUGGAGGCGCUGAAAUCUGCCUCGACAAUGCUGUCAGAGCUGCGGACCUCUUCGCUCAGCCCAAAGAACUACUAUAGACUCUACAUGGCUGCCUUUGACUCGCUUCGACAUCUCAGCGCUUAUCUCUACGACUCGCAUACCGGGGGCAGACAUCAUCUGGCUGAUCUGUAUGAAUUGGUCCAGUACUGUGGAAACAUAGUGCCCAGGCUCUACCUCAUGAUCACCGUCGGCUCCGUUUACAUGUCGAUCCCCGACGCACCAAUCAAGGAGAUCAUGAAAGACAUCAUGGAGAUGUCGAGGGGAGUUCAGCACCCCACACGAGGUUUAUUCCUCCGCCACUAUCUCAGUGGAGCUACUCGAGAUUACCUUCCCAUCGGCUCUGAGAAUGGGCCCACCGGGAAUCUGCAAGACUCAAUCGGCUUUGUGCUCACGAACUUCAUUGAGAUGAACAAGCUCUGGGUGCGGCUACAGCAUCAAGGUCAUUCCAGAGAGAGGGAGAAGCGAGAGUCGGAAAGAAAAGAGCUCAAGAUUCUGGUAGGCACCAACCUUGUGCGGCUAAGCCAGCUCGAAGGUGUCGGGCUAGAGAUGUACCGCCGAGUGAUCUUACCAAGUAUUCUCGAGCAGGUUGUCAAUUGCAAAGACGUCAUCGCCCAAGAGUACCUGAUGGAGGUCGUGAUCCAAGUCUUCCCGGACGACUUCCAUCUGCGAACGUUGGGGCCCUUCCUUUCUGCUUGCGCUCAACUACAUCCCAAGGUCAACAUCAAGUCCAUCGUCAUCGCUCUCAUCGAUCGACUGGCCUCUUACGCAGCUAGAGAGGCCGAGAAUGAUUCCCCAGAAGAGAUCAAGAGGCAAGAGGAGGAAGCUGGCAGGAGGCUGAAGGAGAAGAUGGGACGAAUGAGGCUUCAAGCGGGCGAGGUCUGGGAGGAAGUGGAGAGGGAAGACGCUAAACGGAAAGCUAGCGAGGCUGCUCAGGAAAGCCAAGGUCUCAACGGAAGUGGAAGUGGAGACUCAAACUUCAGACCCAUGGACUCAUCAGCGCCCGGCAUGCCCAAUGUCGCGACUCAUAGCUCGGCAGAGCCUGAGAUCAAGAGGUUCAGCGGUGUUCCUGAAGGCAUGGAGGACGAAGGCUGGGGAGAAGGCGGAAAGCCGCCUACAUCGCAGGCAGGCGACACAGCGGCAAGUGAGACAACCGAGGCCACAGAGGAGACUGAGCCUGGACGAGAGUUGCAAAGCAGCAAUUUCCCAUCCGCCGCACCUCAAGGCAAGGCCGAAGAGAAUCCGCCAACGGACGGCGCCAAAAAGGGCGACGGAGCUGGUACUGCCUCUGUCCAGGGGCAGCAGCCACCUGCGCCUCCUGCUGAGCCUCAAGUGAAGAAGUUCCGUGGUAUUCCGGAAGAUGUUCGCCUCUUUGAGGUCUUUUGGGAGCAGAUAGUGAGACUAAUCAGAGCCAGGCCAGACCUCUCGCUUCAAGAUGUCACGGCUCUCCUGGUCUCGUUGGCAAAUUUGUCUCUCAGCUGCUACCCAGAUCGCUUGGAAUACGUAGAUCAGGUGCUAGGUUUCGCCAGCUCCGUCGUACAGGAACAGGAAGCCCAGCUUGCAGCUCAAGGCUCCGGUCAAGGCGGACAGAUCCAAGCGCAAGCAUUCGAUUUGCAUUCACCAGCUACAGCUGCGAACCUCGCCGCUCUGUUAAUUGCACCUAUCAACUCCUACACCUCUGCUCUGACGCUGCUGGCUUUGCCGUCAUAUGCUCUGUUGCUCGCUACGCAGAGCCAUCCGACAAGGAAGACGGUGGCCACUGCCGUCGUUGGCAGUGUCUUGAAGAAUGAGACAGUUUUGUCCACGCCGGAGGACGUCGAUGGCAUCCUCGAUCUUUGCAGCACACUCGUCAAAGACCAAAGAGACCACCACAAUUCCUUGCAAUACAGCUCUCAGCAAGACGGCAGGGCCUACAACGGCCAAGGUGCAUACUAUGAUGGCGGUCGCAGAGCGGGCGGCGGCAGGCAAGCCCAGCUACAAGCCCAGCAACAGCACGACUUGGAGGAGAUUGCGGAAGAGCAGGGAUGGCUUGCUAGGAUGAUUCAUCUCUUCCGAGCAGAAGACGAUCCAGCGGAGCUGUCGCCGGACGGCACAAAGAAGAAGCCGCGAGACGGAGCUGAGAUCCUAGAGGUCCAAUUCAGCUUGCUUCAGGCUGCCCGCAAGCAAUUUGUGGAUGGAGGGCCAAUGAGGAUUCGCCAUACACUACCUCCUCUCGUCAUCUCAGCCAUUAAGCUAGCCCGCCGCUACAAGGUUCAACAGCGCUCGAUGGAAAAAUCCCCAUGGGAGACCAGGGUGACGACCGUCUACAAAUUCAUUCAUCAGGUCAUUUCCAUCCUCUACAACAAGGUCGAGUCUUCAGAGAUUUGUCUGCGUCUCUACCUCAUGGCGGCUCAGUCCGCCGAUGAGUUGGGCUUCGAGGAGCUGAGCUACGACUUCUACGUGCAGUCGUUCACGAUCUACGAAGAAUCUAUCUCAGAGUCGCGCGCGCAGCUCAAUGCCAUCGGAAUGAUUGUCUCCAAUCUGCACGUAUCCAGAGUUUUCGGCCUCGACAAUUACGAUCGUCUAAUCACUAAAGCAGCUCUGCACGGUGCCAAGCUGCUCAAGAAACCUCACCAAGCGGCUGCGGUCCUCAUGGCCUCUCACUUAUGGUGGCAAACGCAGGUGCUGCCUGCUCGACCGGCUAGUAAAGAGAAGCCGCUCCUCCGCGACGGCAAACGAGUGUUGGAGUGCCUGCAGAAGAGUUUGAGGAUCGCCAACAGCUGCAUCGAUGAAAGAAGCACGGUGGAGAUCUUCUGCUCGGCGCUGGAUCAGUACAUCUACUACUUUGAGCAAGGUGUCGAAGAGGUGCAACCCAAGUAUCUCUCCUCCUUGAUCGAUCUGAUCUCUUCAGCGCUCGAGAAUCUCUCCUCGUCUUCGAACAACGAAGCAAACUCCACUGCUCCACCUUCUCUGCACACUUCCUCCAGUCUGCUCAGCGAUCAUGGCGCUGCGGGUGGCAAUGGGCCAAUCGAGAGUUGUAAGAGGCAGUUCCGUGCGCAACUCGUGCUCAUCCGGGGGCGAAAGGAGAGAGCAAUCGCCAGGCUGGCGCAGAGAGCCGAGCAGGAGGAGAAUCAGAGCCAGCAGGCUGAGAAUGGAGGAAAAGAUGCAGAGGCAGAGAAGAAGGAGACGGAGAAGCUGGCAAAGGAGAAGCGAGAGCCCGACUGGGCUGCAGUGACGAUUGCUGGCGCUGCCCAGAAAAUGGGCGUCUGAUCAGACAAGCCAAGAAAUGCUAAUGGAUGA